UUGAAUUUAUUAGUUAUUAUUAAUUAGACUAUAAAUGAGUGCACAUAUCACUGAUCAGUCAUUCAAUUGCUUCUAUAGACACACUUAACACUUCGUUCAUUAAAUAUUAUAAAACAUAUAUUGAAAGAAAUUAUUUAUUAUAAUUUAUAUAAAAAAAUAUUUAAUUAAUUAUAUCGAUAUUCAGCAAUAAUCAUGAGAGAGAUAGUGCACAUCCAGGCCGGUCAGUGCGGCAAUCAAAUGGGAUCUAAGUUUUGGGAAGUAAUUAGUGAAGAACACGGCAUUGAUCCRACCGGUCAUUAUAAGGGUGACACCGCUAUACAGUUGGAGCGCAUCAAUGUCUACUAUAACGAGACUUCAAAUGAUGUAUAUGUUCCCCGAUCGGUACUACUGGACUUAGAGCCGGGAACCAUGGAUGCGGUCCGUUCGAGUGCUUUUGGCCAACUGUUCCGUCCCGAUAACUUUAUUUACGGUCAAAGUGGUGCGGGAAACAAUUGGGCAAAAGGUCACUACACUGAAGGUGCCGAACUCGUGGACCGUGUGUUGGAUGUGGUUCGCAAAGAGAGCGAAUCCUGCGACUGUUUGCAGGGCUUUCAAUUGUGCCAUUCAUUGGGUGGCGGAACCGGUUCUGGUAUGGGAACACUUCUUGUGUCUAAAAUUCGUGAAGAAUAUCCCGACCGUAUUAUGAAUACAUUCAGUGUUAUGCCAUCGCCUAAGGUGUCGGACACAGUGGUGGAGCCUUACAAUGCAACUCUGUCUAUCCAUCACUUACUAGAAAACACCGAUGACACUUUUUGUAUCGAUAAUGAGGCUCUUUAUGAUAUUUGCUUCCGAACCCUCAAACUACCGACCCCUACGUAUGGUGAUCUCAAUCACUUAGUUUCAUUGACAAUGUCUGGUGUAACUACAUGUUUGAGAUUUCCGGGUCAAUUGAAUGCCGAUCUCCGCAAACUGGCCGUCAAUAUGGUUCCAUUUCCAAGACUACACUUCUUUCUUACAUCAUUUGCUCCGUUGACAUCUCGAGGAUCGAGACAUUAUCAGUCAUUUAGUAUUCAAGACUUGACUCAACAAAUGUUUGACGCCAAGAAUAUGAUGGCUGCUUGCGAUCCAAGACAUGGAAGAUAUCUAACUGUUGCCACAAUAUUUAGAGGCAGAAUGUCUAUGAAAGAAGUGGACGAACAGAUCAAUCACAUUCAAAAUAAAAAUAGCAAUUAUUUCGUUGAAUGGAUUCCUAAUAAUAUGAAAACAGCUGUUUGUGAUAUUCCUCCGAAAGGUCUAAAAACUGCCGCCACUUUCAUUGGUAACUCGACGGCAAUUCAGGAAAUUUUCAAACGUAUAUCACAACAGUUCACAGCAAUGUUUAGGAGAAAAGCUUUCCUUCAUUGGUAUACCGGUGAGGGAAUGGAUGAAAUGGAGUUUACUGAAGCAGAGUCUAACAUGACUGACCUGAUCUCAGAGUAUCAACAGUACCAAGAGUUGACUAAUGAUGAUGAGGGAGAAUUUGAUGAAAUUGAGGAUCAAUACGCUGACUAA